AUGCAGAAGCUCCUGCGGCGGACGGCCCAGGCCGAGCGGCAGGUCAUACGGCGGAGUAAGAAGCAGGGCAAAAUGAUGAAGAUGGCGCGCCAGCGACAAGAGUUCAGGCAGCGCAUGGGCGGCACACAGCAAACACACGCCUCGCUAAAGGACGCCGCACGCAGGCGGCGAGAGGACUGGGAGAUGGGCGCCCUGGCUCCCCAGCGCGACACGCCCCUGCGGGAUGCCAACGAGUCCUACUGGGGCACUGUCAGCCUCCAGCGGAACCUGGCGGAUACCCUCCCAGAGAAACAGAGGGAUCUCGCCUGCCGGUGGGCAGGCGGCCGCAAGACCCUCUGCAUCAAGGCAGGUGACCGGGUGGCCAUCAUGGAUGGCCCAGACAAGGGGAAGAUCAGCGCCGUGAAAUACGUCCAAGAGGAAGGCGCGUUCGUCGCGCUUGAAGCGCAGAACUUGAUGCAAAACUUCACCGUCCCGGACUAUAUGACAAAGUUGCAAGGUGAAAAAUCCGUCCAUGUCCAACUCGCCGAGUAUCGUGCCCCGAUCCACGCCGUCCGCCUCGUCCACCCCCUCAAGGACCCCGUGUCAGACGAGAUCCGCGACGUGGUCAUCAACGAGCUCGUGGCCCGGAACUACUACAAGGACAAGGUCACGGGGCGCGAGACCUGGUCGCGCGUUGUCCCCGGGCUGAACAUCGAGAUCCCGUGGCCCAAGGCCUUCGAGGACGCGGAGAAGCAGAACCUGGAGGGCACCUUCGAGGACCACGCGUGCGACACGCUGCGCAUCGACGUCGAGGAGAAGACGUUCGUGCCCACGCUGCUACGCCCGCCCAUGCCCACCGAGGUCAUCGACGAGCUGCGCAACCGAUACUCCAAGUUCCGCACGCGCCACGAGGACGAGUACGUCGCCAAGAAGGAGGCCGAAGAGGCCGAGAAGGCCGCACGCAGGAAGUCGAUCAAGACGAUGCGCACGCCGGUCCAGGAGCUCAACGCCAAGAUCAAGGCCGAGAGGAAGGCCCGCGGCCAGCCGGAGCUGACAGAGGAGAUGCUGGCCAAGAUCGGGGAGGUCAUGGCGAGGAACAGGAAUCGCACGUUGGCUGGGGCUGGCAUCGCGCAGAUCGAGAGUCCAGCAGUCACCGUGGAUGUAACGGCAGCGCCCAAGGGGACCGGAGAAUCCCCAUCGCCAUGA